CCUCGGUCCAUGGCACCCAGAGCCUUGACACACCGAUCCGAGACGGGAGGUUCUGUACCGACAGACACGGUAUCCUACGUCCGAGCCAGACCGCUCGCCGCGGCUAGCGUCUUCUGCGUGGCGAGUCGUUGAGGAAGAUUGUCUUGAGGUCGCCAACUCGAAUCGGGGCUGGUCGAGCCGAGUUGAGCGGCCGAACUUUGGGUCGCGCCUUGCUAUGACUCGUACUACUACGAGUACGACCCCAAGCAUACUUAUGCCAUGCGCACCUAUCGUGUCCAAUGGGGCGUCUAUGCCGAUUGCAAGGGUGUUGGCGAUAUGUACCUCCAGAACGCGUCGGUCGAAGUGACGGUCUACCAAGAGAGCGCUGCGUCGUUGCCGGAAGCUCGGUUCAUGAAUCCCAUCAAUGUGACGGGCCUAUCCGUCAAGGGGCAGCAAAUCCGACAUGGCGACUUCAGCCGGGUCUUGGUCUCGUUGACGACCAAAGGCAGUGAGGCAACUUCCCCUGUACAUUCAUGGACAGAUCGAUCGAGAGCUUGCUGUAAGAUCUGGUACAAUACGCGCGUCUGGCUUCAUCUCGAGAAAGAGUUCUACGACCACGACACCAGCCUCGUUCGAGCUUUCUGCAGUCCGAAUCGGCGCGCCGAAGCUUCACCAACAUGUACAGAUCCACCUGCCGGAGUGUCAUCUUGUCAUAUCGCGUUAUCCACGCUUGUGGCGUAUGAAAUCAGCGGAGAGUAGAGCUUGCGGGACAAGAGCGCAGAUGACAUUGCAAUGUGGAAUGCUAGAUGAUGAGGGCG